GAUGAAGAUGAGUGGAAAGAAUUUGAGCAAAAAGAGGUUGAUUACAGCGGACUAAGAGUUCAGGCAAUGCAAAUAAGUGAAAAGGAAGAUGAUGAUAAUGAAAAGAGAGAAGAUCCAGGAGAUAAUUGGGAAGAAGGUGGAGGUGGUAGUGGAGUAGAAAAAUCUGCAGGUCCCUGGAAUAAAACAGCUCCGGUACAAGCGCCUCCUGCUUCAGUACUAGUUACAGAAACCCCGGAGCCUGCAAUGCCUAGUGGUGUAUAUAGGCCCCCUGGGGCAAGGCUAACCACGACAAGGAAAACACCACAAGGACCACCAGAAAUAUACAGUGACACACAGUUCCCAUCACUGCAGUCCACUGCCAAGCAUGUAGAGAGCCGGAACAGGUACUUAAAAUGAAUGCUACCUGAAGUUAAAUGACCACAUAUGGCACUUCUACAUCUUUUAGGGACAUGAAUUCUCAAAAGUAAAUAAAAUGGGAAGAAAUGUAAAUGGCAUCAGAUGGAAACAUUUUUUUGGGUGGUUUUAAAGUAAAUCCCAGCCUUUUCGCCUCGUUGAGAGCACAGCUGGCUUGAAUUUAGACCUCCACUUGGACUUGCUCCUCCACUCUGUCCUCAAAUGUAUGGAGGGCUCUGGGAGUGCAGUGACUUGCCACACAUACCUUUCUUUACCUGAUCUAAUCAGACCACUCCCCCAAAGCAAAAGGGAGGGGAAAACAUUGAAUGAUGAGAACAUUACUUGAAUGAGAAAAUUUUUACCCUUAUGCAUAAAGACAUGGUUAUGUACUAACUGCUAAACUUAGAAGCGAGUCUUAGGAGGAAUGUCAUUAUACAGCUUCUUUCUGGUUGUCUUCAAGUUGGUCCCGAAAUAGUCUAUUCAGAAGAUGGGACCUCAGAGCUUCAGUACAGUAUUACAUGUUUUCUGUUCAAUUGAAGCCUUAAAAAUGGUUUGAUAAGGAUUUUGUAUUCCCUUCCUGUCUCUCCAGAAUUACUUUUAGGGGUCUUUUUUUGUUUUUGUUUUUAAUUCAAGGAAGAAUACUUUCAAAAUUCCCAAGUGAAGAAGAACUAUUUACUGAUUACAUUUCUUUUCCCUUAGGGAUAAAGAAAUGGAGAAGAGCUUUGAAGUAGUAAGACACAAAAAUAGAGGUAGGGAGGAGGUUUCAAAAAACCAGGCCCUUAACCUUCAGCUAGACAACCAGUAUGCUGUGCUUGAAAAUCAGAAGUACAGCCACCCACAGUACAGUUAAGGAGCGGUCUUUGCUAAGCCUUCCAAGAUAACUAGACCACAGCUAACCACCAAGAACAGCCAUUCAGCAUUUUUGAUUUCUGGAUCUACAUUGACUGAAGACCUCGAUUCCAGUGACUGUCCCUGUUGCACUAUGGAAGUUCAAGAGUCACGACUGAUCUUGAUAUGUGUUGGAUUUAGGGGUUUUUUUUUCAUUGUCUUAAAUAUUUGUGAAUUAGAUUCAGCAGUCUUUCCAUAGUUGCUCUGCGUUUAAAACCAAACCUGCAGCCAGUGGUCAUUUCAGACAUCUUUAUGUUGAGAUACUGAGCCUUCGCAAGGUUGACUACCUCAGAUUUGCUGCACUUAAUUGUGGAUUUCAUGCGGAUCACAACUUCUGCACAAGGGUACAGCUAUUAGUGUCUGUGUGAGCCUUGAAACCAACUCUACUGGAUUCCUGUCAGAAAGCCUUCAGAAGUCAGCCAUCUGGGUUCUGAUCUGCUGUAAAAGAUGAAGAGUUAAGUGACCUUAAUUAACCUGUUCUGUGCCCCAUCUUAAGGAAUACUCUGUAGGCUGUGGCUAUAUUAGACUUCCUGGAACAAGCCGCUGUCAGAAAUGAUGUGUUUGGAUCAUCUGUGUGGGGCUAUGAUUUAUAACUUAAGUUUUUAGUUGUAGUAUGAAGUAACUACAGAUUUAAUUGAACCAAACUUGGAUCCACCAAAUGGGGAAUGGGUGGGGGGGUAGUCUUGUUUCUUUGAAUACUUUUUUAUUCAGAUAGUGCUUGUUCUGGUCCACAUUAAGGCCUUGCUUUGACUUGGAGUCAGUUCUUUGACAGCAUACUGUGUGGUGAAAUAGCCUAAAUGAGGCAUUGGAAUUGUGAAACGCCCUGUGAAUUUGCCAAUCCCUAGGUGGAACCAGAUAGCCUUUGAUAUAAAGGGCAGCCGAUAUAAGAGGCGCCACUCUGGGUGCUGCUUAAGCCUCCUAAUCAGGUCUAAAUUGAAGUUCUGUGGAUGGAGUGUGAUGUCUGCUCAGGUGGAGAGGAUUCACUGACCUGUCUUAAUAGUUCAAAGCAACAGGAGCAAAACCUCACCCAAGUUCAUGAAUAUUGCAUGGUGUCUAAUAAGAAUUCCCAUGUGUGCCCCAAAUUGAAAGUAUUGGCUAUUCUGUAGAUGCAUUCAUUGUUCCAGGUAGCUCUGUUGUCCUCCUUGGGAGUAUGUUUGUGGUGUUCACUUGAAGAGGCAGGGGAAUAACCAGUAAGGUAGCACUUCUGUUGUUAGUAAUUACAAUUUAACUUUUCCAGUAGUACUUGGCCCUUAAAAGAGGUUACUGCUAAGUGUCUUUCCACUAAAUGAAAUAGUCUGGCAGUUACCUACUUUAAUGUCACUAGAAAUGGUUCAAUGCAGAUACUCUAUAUUGGCAUAUGACUGCGUGAUGGCAGUGCCUGGGUUUCUCUGUAAAUGAAUCCCUUUGCCAAAUACAGUUCAGAUUGCUCACUACUGACAGGCAUAAAACAGGUAAUGGGGGGAAGCUCUCCCACCCUGAGAACACCUUGCAGUUUAGUGGAUGAGUGCAGCAGUGCGGGAAGCAGGAGGCUAGAAUCUCCUGACCGGACUGCAUGCCACUUCUGGGAAGUAAUGUUGGCAUGAUCUCUGCCAACCGGGAGGAGGUUGAAAUUCUUGGUUAAACUGAAAGCUUAUUUGGGCACCAGAAACCUUAACAAGUAAUCACAUUAAGUAUGUUUUACCCCACCCACACACUUGCGCGCGUACACAAAUGCUGUUUGGGGUUUUGAUUUAAGAAGUGAACUGAGACAUGUGAAGAGGUCUGUUUAAUGGCGUACUAUAUUGGAAUGCUGAAGACCUGCAGCAGAUGUAAAUUCCAAGUCUUGUUAUAAUUUUUUAAGAUUGUGAAAUUAUCAAAAUGCACAUGAAUCAAGUUUUAAUACACUGUCUGGGUGAAUGAGGCUGUCCAUUGCACCAUUUCUUUCUUUGGGUUCUCAGGCAUGGUUCGACAGUGUAAGAACUCUGUAACAUUAACAUUGAAUAAAAAGUAAACCUA